AUGUUCAGAACAUCUACACUUAGAGCCACAAGGCUUAUUGGAAACAUUGCUAAAAAUGCUAUUUCUAGACAAAACACCAGGUCAUUGGCUGUUUUCGCUUUCAAUUCUGCUCACAGAGGAAAUAAUAACACCCAAAUAGGAAGACAGAAUGCAUUCUGUCGGAAACAGCAACUGAAAUUUUAUAGUGAUGCUCCUCCUCUUACAAGAGAAAUUAUAAAGGGUAGAAUAAUAGAUUUAUUGGAGACAUACGGCAAGACAAAAAAGAACAUUGAAAUCACGGAAAAGUCGUCCUUAUCAAAAGACCUAGGUUUGGACUCUUUUGAUGUCGUUGAAGUGAUUAUGGAGAUUGAAUACGAAUUUUCUAUUAUAAUACCAGAUGAUGAUGCAGAUGACAUCAAAACUGUUGGACAGGCGAUCGAUUACAUUGCUAAACAGCCAGAUGCGUUUUGA